GUGCUUAAUGUGCCUAUUUUACUUGUUGCAGUGUGUGGCCUCACAUCCAGACCCAAGAAUGUUGUUCCUCAAAGGCAAUAUCCACAAUUCACACUUGAAACAUAUUCUCAGAAAACUUCAUUAAGAUUGGCAUCUCUAUAUUAAGAUUGGCACCUCAAAGAUUACUUCUGCUGAAUGACUAUGAGAUUUUGCUAGGUACGUUGCUGCUUAUGCAUGGUCUUUAAUGCUCUCUGUUAUUCAUAUUACUUCAACUUGUAUAACCAAGCUCAUAUUCCUCUGUACCUGUAUCCUUUUCUAUAUACAACCAGAAAAACUCGCCCAUUUGAGUACUUUAGGCGUCAUUGGUGCUCUGGUGAAGAUGGAAAGUGGACUAUCAAAAACAAGUUGAGUUCCUCGAAGCUUUUGGUAGCAUACCUUCAUACAGUAAUUCAGUUGCAGAACUACUGUGGUUCCUAUGUUCACAGCUUCUGGAUUGCGUGUUCGUCUCCUGAAGGUAGUUGCCAGUCUCCAUUUGCUACGAACUAUGGGAGAAGAGUGGCUACAACACGGUAGAAUGGGUUCGUUACAUUACAAAAGCUGGUUCGUAGUGACAUGUUUUGGGAGAUAAAAGAAACUACAAAGGUAGUUCGAGUUGAGUCGAUGUUUGUUUACAUGGGCUGAAGUACAUGAACAAACUCACUUGUUCAUUUGCAGUUUGUUUGCCAACCUUUCUUGCAUAGUGUUUUUAAGGCACAUAAUUAGAUACUAUGGUAUUCAUUCGAUGAUAGGAAGUGUAAGAGCUGUGUUUUUUUUGUGUUAUAUCUGGCUAUUUUGAUAGUGCUUUUUGUACUAAUAUAUUCAUGUCUAGUUUUCAGAAUGAGUAUAUUCUAUGAAAUCUUCUAAUUGGAAU